AUGUACACCAGGUUCGGUCAAUGCCUUGUCCCUGUGAACCAAGCAGGAGGCUGUUGUACGGCCGUGAGCCUCGGACACGGUGCGCACCAAAGGUUGACUUUGCAGCGCACUUCAAGGCAUAUGUUGGGCUUUUGUGUGUUGCCACAGUGGCGACUGAACGCCCGCGUUAGGAGUGCGUGUCGAUUGGUGCGGAACAAAGCCUUUCAGGCGCAUCAGCGAGUGGCGAGGUACAUGCUCCGUGUCUCGCACGCAUCUGUUACUACUCAGGGCGAGCAGUCCCCUUGGACUGCGAAAGACAAGAGCGUGAAGGAGGCAAACGACUCGCCGUAUAAGCAUACAGUUAGCCUACCUGAGACCAGCUUCUCUCAGAGAGCAAACUCAACUGAGAGGGAGCCGCAGAUCCAACGCUUCUGGGAGGAAAACCGCAUUUACGAAGGAUUGUACGAAGAUAACUCCAGGAACGCCGAAUUUUUGUUGCAUGACGGCCCACCGUACGCGAACGGGUCCCUCCAUAUGGGGCACGCUCUAAAUAAGAUACUUAAGGACAUUAUCAACCGCUAUUUCAUACUCUGCGGGAAGCGUGUCCGCUUUGUUCCCGGCUGGGAUUGCCAUGGCCUCCCCAUCGAGCUAAAAGCCGUGCAGUCGGCUAGGUCUAAUCAUCGGGAAGCACUUGAUCCAUUGCAGAUUCGACUGCUUGCGCGAAAGUUUGCCCUGGAGGCCAUCGAGGAACAACGGAAGGGUUUCAAGCGCUACGGUGUCUGGGGAACCUGGAAUGCGCCAUACUUAACAUUGGACCACCAGUACGAAGCCGCUCAGGUCCGUAUUUUUGGUGAGAUGUUUCUGAAAGGCUACAUUUAUCGUGGCAGAAAACCUGUGUACUGGAGUCCAAGCUCUCGCACAGCGUUGGCAGAGGCGGAGCUUGAAUAUCCGGACGUGCACGUUUCGCGAUCGGCGUACGUUGCUUUCGAGGUUGUAGACGCUGGGAAACUGCGUGGGAUUAUCAGUGAGCUCGAAUUCGAUUCGUUCAGAGUUGCAAUCUGGACGACCACGCCCUGGACGAUUCCCGCGAAUCGGGCUGUAGCGGUGAAUCCAAACCUGCCGUACAGUAUCGUGGCUCUCGAGGAUGAGCAAGGGAAGCCCUGCACGUUGCUUGUAGUAGCCCAAGACCUUGUGGAAACUCUUGAACAAAAGUUGCAUAGGCCUCUCUCUAACAAGAAGAUUGUACCUGGCUCUGAGUUAGUCGGUAUGACCUACAGGCACCCUUUGUAUCCAAUGGAGGUAUACCGCGUGGUUGCCGGUGGCGACUACAUCACGACCGAGAGCGGGACCGGCCUGGUGCACACCGCACCUGGGCACGGCCUAGAGGACUAUAACGUUGGAUUACGCGAAUCACUCGAAGUCUUUGCGCCUGUCGAUGAUGUCGGAAGAUUCACAUCAGAUGCUGGUCCCGAGCUCGCGGGGCUCCCUGUACUUCAAGAAGGUAAUGCUCGGGUUUUAGAAUUGCUGCGAUCGAGUAAUGCUCUGCUGCUCGAAGAAAAAUACGAGCACAAGUACCCGUAUGAUUGGAGAACGAGAGAGCCGACUAUCGUUCGUGCCACAGAGCAAUGGUUCGCCUCCGUGCGUCAGUUUCGUGACAAAGCACUGGAAGCGCUCCAGAGCGUCCAGUGGGUGCCACCUGCCGGAGAGAAUCGCAUCCGGGGAAUGAUCGAGUCUCGUGAUGAUUGGUGUAUAUCGAGACAGCGCCCGUGGGGAGUGCCAAUACCCGUCUUUUAUGAUGAAGACACCGGCGAAGCCGUCAUCAGUAUGGAAAUCAUCCAGUACGUGAGCGAAAUUUUUGCAAAACACGGAUCUGAUGCUUGGUGGACGCUUCCAAUUGAGCAGCUCCUUCCAGCGAGUAUCAUUCAGACGGGGCGGAGACUGCGUCGUGGCUUAGACACCAUGGAUGUCUGGUUUGAUUCGGGGAGCUCCUGGGCCUCACUCUCCAAAUCUCAUGGCGAAGGCUCCAGCUCGAGCUGGCUUCCGUCUGUGGUCGCAGAUCUUUACCUCGAGGGCAGCGAUCAGCAUCGGGGAUGGUUCCAGUCCUCGCUCUUGACAUCCGUUGCAGUUCGCGGCUAUGCUCCGUUUCGCGCGGUUCUCACGCACGGAUUCGUUUUAGAUGAGAAGGGGCUGAAGAUGUCCAAGUCGCUUGGUAAUGUGGUCGAUCCCUCGGAGAUCAUCAACGGCGGGCAAAACCAGAAAAAGCAACCUGCCCUCGGCGCGGACGUGCUCCGCCUCUGGGUCGCCAGUGUUGAUUACAUGAGUGAUGUGCUGAUUGGUCCAACGAUUUUGAAGCAAACUGCUGACGCUUACAGGAAGAUCCGAAAUACACUGCGCUUCCUGGCCGGCAACGUUCCACGAUGGGAUGAAACGUGCCCUGUGAGCGUGAAUGCUUUGAACGAUGCAAAUCUACCUUCACUGGACCGCUAUAUACUGCGUCGCGCUGCAGCAGUGUUGAAGGAUAUUGAGGACGCGUACAAGAACUUCACGUUCAACAGAAUAUUUCAGAGCGUCCUGCGUUUCUGUGUCGCUGACUUGAGCAAUUUCUAUCUAGAUAUUGCCAAAGAUCGCUGCUACGUUGCCGCUCCGGAUGAACCACGUCGCCAAACUUGCCAAGCAACAAUGUGGGCGAUCUUAAUGGAUAUGGCACGAGCGUUGGCACCCAUUCUACCGCACACCGUCGAGGACCUGUGGCAAUGCCUACGCAAAGAUGGCAAGUUGCCCUCUGGAGCGCCGAUUAGUAUUUUCCAAAAUGGUUGGUAUUCUUAUGUGCCACAGAUUCUCUCAGACGAGUAUGAGGACAAAAAAUGGACCAUCGUUCGAGAAGUUCGCGAACUUGUGAAUAAGGCACUUGAAACAGCUCGCACAAACGGGCUAAUAGGAUCGUCGUUGGAGGCACGUGUCAUCAUAUAUCCGCAUGCACGGCACGUAGAGGAGGCGCUUACAAGCUUUGAUCCCUCAAAUGGGGUUGAUGAUUUGCGAUACUUCUUUAUCACGUCCCAAGUUGACGUCGUCCGUUGCUCUGGGAAUGGGGAGUCUCCAGGCGCUGCUAGCGAGACCCACGUCGAGGUACAAAAAGCGUACGGUUCGAAAUGUGCUCGCUGUUGGAAUUUCUCCGAAACUGUGGGUGCACUUCAUGAGCAUUCACAAGUAUGUGAGCGCUGCGUGCGUUCCCUCAAGCACCUGGGCGUCGAGCGGGUUUAG